AUGGAGUCAAUUCCUUCCAUGAGCAACAGUUAUGCUGUUGUCGAGGAAGCGACCUCCAAAGCGGAACCGGAGAUUUCCGGGGCGGUUUCGUCAGAUAAUAGGAACGAUGAAGCGAGUGCUGGCCCUGGAGACUACUGGUUCCAGGUACUCAAUGGCCUCCUAGAUGAGGAGGACGACCAAGAAGAGGUGACGACUGGCGGUUCAGCGGGGGCAUCUAUGCCCAUGAAGCAGGAUAUCACGAACGUCACCGGCUUAUGGAUUGACAGGAGUCCGGCAAACGCCGGCUCGAACACAGCGACCUACACUCACCAGAAGCAAGAGCCGUUCAACGAAGGGCGAUUUGAUGCCGUUAUCACCCCUCCAGCUGUGCCUGGUUGCGAAAUGGAACAGCCAUGUACGAAAAAGAGGAAGAGAUGUCCUCUCACAGACGAACAACGAAUUGAACGAAAUUCCCGUGAACAAGCCAGAAGCGGUCGUUUGACCAACGUCUUUGCGGAGCUACGCGAGGUCCUCAUGUCGUCCGGAGUCGUCGUCACAAGAGGAACUAAGGAUACUGUACUGUCAGCUGCAAUUGAGUUGAUCAAGAAACUGGAGCAUAACCAGGGCCAAAUGGACAUGACGAAUAAGCACAUGGCUCGGAAAAUCGAGGAGGCGAAAGGAGCUCAAGCGAUUGCUGAAACAUCUUGUCAACAAUCAAUUGUGGAGCAAGGCAGGUCACCACAUACCGGUGCUGCCAGUUUGGUAACCGUCCACGAACACCCACAAAGUGUUCCAAGCAUCGGCUGUACGCUGCCGCCUGGUUCAACCAACCAUGACAUGUACACUAUGCUCUUCCAUUCCUCGGCUGCGGGCAUGGCUAUCGCCACACUAGGCGGGAACAUUAAAGACUGCAACCAAGUCUUUUGCUUUCUGGCCCAGACGUCACGCGAUCAUGUCCUCAAUACCACCGUCUUCAAUUGGGUUGCCAAAGAGGACCAACAUCGUGCCUAUCAAAGUCUGUUGACAAUGCUUGGCAACCUCUUUUCGUGCGAAUGA